AUGCUGCAGGGCAGCAGCGGAAAGAGCAGCAACGUUCAUCAGAACAGCCUGGAUGACAGCAGUACACAAACCGGUCCGUACUUCGACAUAUCGAACUCGAAGAACGUGACCACCAUACUAGGGAAAACCACGUACCUGAACUGCCGCGUGAAGAACCUGGGAAACAAAACGGUAAGUCGAAUUAGAUCGGCUAAACACGUUACCGGGGGAGUAAAAUUCACCUCGAAGAAUUUCUCCGAUGAAAUGUGAAAUUCGAGGCGGCGAGACAUUGUUCGUUCGAACUGUUUCGGUGUUGCAUCGAUCGAGCCAGUAAAUUUGAAAGCUGGAGGAACCUGAUGACUAUAUAUCACCUUGCUGAAUUAUUUUUAUACUUGAAUUUUAUUUUUUAACAAUUGAACUUUAUUAAUUCGUACGUUCGCUUCUUUGGAAUAAAUGUAUUUACAUUUUCUUGGAAUUGGAUGAAUAAUGAAAUUCAGAAACUGUUAGCCACGUUGGGAAAUUCAUGUACAAAAUUUCGAUCGAUUGGUAGAUUUAAUUGAUAGAGAUUAAUUAUUUGCAACUUUAAUGAACAUCCCGAGACUGUGUUCGAAAAUCUCCGUAAUUACAUAUUUUUGUUCGUUUCGAGUCAUCGACAAGGAACUUUGUUUCGAAAUAAUUCAAAAUGUAUAAAUAAGCUGGGAGAUGUUGAUGCAGAUGCAGAAAUAUGAAUAUUAUAAUUAUAAAGUGUAGACAAUAA